CCUUCUUCCUAUGUCCUUCGGGCUAAGAUGGUCGGCGAAACGCAUACCAUGGCUCUGAAGGAAGGCGUUCUUCCUAGCAGCUUCCCAGACGGCAUCCCUCUAUAAUCUGGCAGUGAAGAGGAUGACGAUUACCCCUAGGUCUUGAAUCGUUUUGCUGUGCCCUUCCCUUCUGAAGGAACGCAGUUGACAAGUAGGCGGCGACGUGGUGCACACGUGCUCGGAAGUAAGCAAGGAAAGCGUCAUGUCUUUCUCUGGUGAGCUGUUUGUCUGCCUAUAGCACUGGCUUCGUAGUGGAAAUUAUAUUUUGGGAGCGUUUAUCGUGGAAACAUUACGGAACGUGUUUGUGCUGUGCGCUCAUCUAAGACGAACCGUUUGCAAGUGAAGUGCGCGAGCGUCAAGAUAGAGUGGUGCAGGUGCACGAGCCGACACGCAUGUGCAACGUUGUCUGCAGUGAGCAUUUAGCGCUACAUUAUUUAGCUAUAACCUCGACAGUUUGCCAGCUACUUUUUUAACCCGUUAGCAAGUUACCCGGCUAGCUACUGCAGUAUAUAACUAUAACCUAGACACAUUUUGUAGUGGUAAUGAAUGAAAACCACUCAUUUAUAUUUUGAGGAGAGGAGUACGGCCUACCUGACACGACAUUGCAUGUCAGAAACAUGGCAUUCACCAGCCUUUUUUCAAGUCUUCCAAACAAAGAAUUUGACCCGACGCCUUGUGAGCCGAUGGAGAGAUUUCAAAGGGAUGAAGGGCAACUGGAACCAGUUCAACUGGAGAAGGGGAACGAAAGGGAUGCCCAGUCCAGAAAGUGGCCAUUGCAACGGGGUCAGCAGAGUGGCCCCAGGAAGAGGAAAAAGGGGGACCAACAGGAGCAGUGUGGCCAGGCCAAGAAAAGUAACCUUCAUAAAUGCCCACCACAAUCUUAUAAAGACUUUGACUCUGUGGCCCGAGACUUCAUGGUGAAGUGUGAUUUCGAGCAACCAAGCUUUGACUUCAGUAGAGAACUGGACUUCUACAGUGAUAGCAAGGAGGGUGCAUACCCAGGUCAUGCUACAGAGAAGUCGGGUUGGAAGAACAUGAGGCCCGGAGAAGCCAAGGAUCCUGAUCAGAACAAGGAUGUUCAAGGUGUAAACAAGAAGAAAGGACGGGAGCAGAAGAAGCAGCGAUGGGAGCCUCAGCAGCAGAGACUUGACAACCAGGCCAGAGGCAGAGGGGGAAACUCUGCCAGGAGGGGUGGGGAUUUUACCGGACUGGGUGGACACGGAACUAACCAGCCCAGGGUCUUCUCCAACAGGGGUGGAGGUGGUUCCAACAGGGGUGGAGGUGGUUCCAACAGGGGUGGAGGUGGUUCCAACAGGGGUGGAGGUGGGUCCAACAGGGGUGGAGGUGGUUCCAACAGGGGUGGAGGUGGUUCCAACAGGGGUGGAGGUGGUUCCAACAGGGGUGGAGGUGGCUCCAACAGGGGUGGAGGUGGCUCCAACAGGGGUGGAGGUGGCUCCAACAGGGGUGGAGGUGGCUCCAACAGGGGUGGAGGUGGCUCCAACAGGGGUGGAGGUGGCUCCAACAGGGGUGGAGGUGGCUCCAACAGGGGUGGAGAGGGGAGCAAUAGAGGCCGGGGCUGUGACAAGAGGGGCAGUUUUCUCAGAAGAGGUGAUUGGUCAAAGCGAGGCACUGACCGGUCACGUAGUGGUGGACGACAGUUCCCAGAUGGUGGACGUUUAACACUGGAAACUUUGACAGGAAAGGGGAAGAAGAACAUGACAAAGGAAUUCAAAGACCAGAAUGCUUUGGAGAUUGACGGGAGGUUAAUCUGUCGACAUUUCCUCAGGGGAAAGUGCAUCAAGGGUGAUGACUGCCAGCUAGAACAUGCUCUGGACGUCAACUACUCGAUCAACGAAGUGUGUAAAUUCUACGUCCAGGGAUCCUGUUUGAAAGGAGAGAGCUGCAUAUACAUGCACAAGAGUUUCCCCUGCAAGUUCUUCCAUACUUACGAGAAGUGCUCCCAAGGAGACCAGUGCAGGUUUUCCCAUGAACCCCUGACUGAGCUCACCAAACAGCUACUGGAGGCAGCAUUGAAGAGGGACAAGGACAUUGAGGAACUGGCUAAAAAGGACAAGCCAAUCUGCAUGGAGGAGUCAGUGGCCACAAAGGAGUCGGCGUCAGCUGAGGAGACAAAGCCUGUCAUUAACAUGUUCCUGAAUCCCCUAAGGCCAAACUUUUACAACAGUUCAUCACCCUCUGAGCCACAUGCUGAGGAAAGUACCCCCAUGUGUCAGAAUGAAGUGUCAGCUGAGGUCGUGGAGAAGGAAAUUGCCCCUCCUACAGAGUCCAUUCGGUCUCCUGAUCCUCCCCCAAGCUCUCCUGGCUUUAAGGAACCGGUUUCUUAUUCAGUUGAGGCUGUGCUUGGGUCCCAUAGGCCCCUGGAAAAACCCUUCCGCAGCUUCUUUGCAGCCUCUAUCAGCCAGACCUCACAGACCCAACCAGAUCCCCUCACAACUACAUUAGUUCCUCCAGACUCUAUCCACACUCCUGAUCCACCCCUAAACUCUACAUGCGGCAAGAGAAAUGUUCCUUAUUCAGUCAAAGCUGUGCUUGGAUUCCAGAAGCCUGUAGAAAAACCCUUCUGCAGCCAAUUUUCAGGAUCCAUCACCCAGUCCUUCACACUCCCCACACAGAUCCAAUCAGAUCCCCCCACCACUACAUUCGUUUCUCCAGACCCCAUUAGUUUGUCUGGUCCUCAUCUGAAUAAGAGGCAGGCUUCUUAUUCAGUUGAGGCUCCCUCUACGCCCCAGAAGCCGGUGAAAAAAACCUUUUGCAGUCUCUUUGCAGGACCGAUCAACCAGACCUCUACUAGACCUCUCAUACAGAACUCUGCUAAUUCUCCCAUCAACACCCCAGGCUGUAUGAGACCAGCUUCUUAUUCAGUUAAGGAUGUUCUAAAGUCCCACAAGCCUGUGGAAAACCCCUCCCGCAGCCUCGUUGCAGGCCCCAUCAACCAGUCCUCUCGCCACCCUGAUAUACAGACCCAACUAGAUUGUCCUAGCACUACAUUCAUUCCUCCAGACUCCAUUCGGCCCCCUGAUCCUCCUUCAGUCUAUAAGAGGCCGGCUUAUUAUACAGAUAAAGCUGUGCUUGGAUCUCCUAAAACUUUGAAACCAUCCUUCAGCAGCCUCUUUGCAGGCCCCAUCAGCCAGACCUCUCCCCAACCCCCCACUCAGUCCCAAGCAGAUUCCUCUAGCACUACAUUUGGUCCUUCAGACUCUGCUCCUCCUGCAGGCUGUAAAAGGCCGGCUUCAUAUUCAGUUACGGAUGUGCUUGAGACCUAUAAGCCUGUGGAAAACCCCUUCCGCAGCCUUUUUGCAGGAACCAUCAGCCAGACCACUACCGACCCUCCCUCACAGUCCCUAAACUCCCCAGGUUGUAAGGCACCAGCUUCUAAAACGCCCAUGGAAAAAUCCUUCCGUAGCAUCUUUGCAGGCCCCAUCAGCCAGACACCCAAUAACCACCCUCCCAGACAGACCCGACCAAAUCCCCCCAGCACUGCAUUUAGUCCUCCAGACCCACAUCAGUCUUCUGAGCCUCUGCCAGUCUGCAAGAGACGGACAUCCUCAGUUGAGGCUGUCAGUGAGUCCCAGAAGUCCAUGGAAAAACCAUUUCAUAGCCUCUUUGCCGGCCCCCUCACACAGACCUCUACUUCUGGCCAUCCAACACAGACCCAACCAGAUCCCCCUAGAAAUUUCACUGCUGAAAGACCAGCUUCUCAUUCACUUGAGGCUAUGCUUGAGACUCAGAAGCCAGUGGGAAAACCCUUUCGAAGCCUUUUUGCAGGCCCCAUCAGCCAGACAACCCUCCCUGACCCCCCAACACAGACCUGGCCAUAUCCCCCCAUAGUCAAGCCUAAACAGAAGGAGCGUGACCCAACACCAUUCACCGAGUCGUCCACAAGCCAUUCUGUUCUGAGGACCCUCUUCCUACGCCUGAGCCCAUGCCGUCAGGAGGGGGAGCAGGCAAUCAGUAACAGCUGCAGAGAUCCAGGAGGCGAUGGCCUGUGUUCCAGUGAAGACGAAAUCACGAGAGGAUCUACUUCCACAGGACAGCAGAGGCAGAGCCAGGAGGUGGAGGACGUUGAUGAGCUGGAGAGUGAGCGAGAGGAGCCGGAGGAGUGCGUUCUGAGAGAUGAGCUGUUAGUAAUUCCAGUAGAGCCAUUACUGCCUUACGUGCCACUUGGUGACCCUCGCCACCAUCGCCAGGCUGAUAUCACCCUGCCACGGUCCACCUUCGCCCAGGACGUGGUGUGGUCCUUUGAAGACCUUGCCCCUCUUACUCCCCUCUCACUCCAUCACCAGACGUCUGUCCCUCUGGCCUCCCGCUCUGCUGAGAGAACAUCAGGUCCUGCUGUUGGACUGUCCAGUCCUGCAGGACUCAGGCCACAGCCUUCCCCACAGGACUCCAACUCUCAGGAGGCUGCAGGAGAGCAUCUCAUUCCCUCCAGGAAUUCAGGUAGGAGACAGGUCCAGGUGGAUACCCCCGGCGUUCACAACCUACCGAUCCAAGCGAUGGUACGGAUCACUCGACAUAACACUGAUGUACAACCAAAGAGACUGUCUGGACAAAUGAGGUGCAAAAGUGGCAAUGUGGGUGAAAAAAAGACACUGAAAGACCUUUUUAAGACUUUUGACCCCACAUCAUCUCCCUUCGGACAGUAACUACAUUUGGACUAUGGCUCAUAUUGUAUGCACUGUCGGUCAAUGGACUUACGCACCUAAUGACUUACACAAACACUUGUCCUUCAUAUGAAUGCUUUUGCUCUAGUGUGUUUUCCCGCUAACAGAUCAGAACAGCAAUUCAUUGCAAAAAUGGUUGUGUAAAAGCAGGACACCAAUUAUGCAUGCACACACACACACAACCCUCCUUAACUACAUUUGAUGAAGUGUUACUCCCAUAUCGUUACUUAGCAACAGCUAAUGUUACUGAUGAAUUGUCAGCCUAGUCUGUCUCGACGUGAAUUGUUUUGGGAUUUUCUUAGAUGAGGCAUGUUGAUGUUUUUUUACAGACUAAAUCAUCAAUCAUGUACAUUUUUAAGGUUAAAAAACAAAUGACAUUUUAUUUAAUUUUUAUCAAAGCAGAAAGUAACCUAUUGGAACAAUUAGCCAGUUAACUAGUAACUAACCGUUGCCCUCUUCCUCUACUCCUGCUGACUACAUUUCCUCUUAUUUGAUGAGUGAACAAUGGGUUAUUACUCAACUGAUUUCCCUGUGUGGAAAAUGUCAUUAUUUAAACUAAUGGCGCACCACUUCUGCUCUGCAUGUAGUGCUUCUCUUUUCUUAUAGUAUGGUGCUGUGAAAUAGUAUUUGCCAACCCUUUCUAAUUGCCUCUACUUUUGCGUAUUAUUUUUAUACUGAAUGCUUUCAGAUCUUCAACCAAAACCUAAUAUUAGAUCAAGGGAACCUGAGUUAAUAAUUACAGAAUUACUACUUAUUUCAUAAACAAGGUUAUGCAACACCCAAUGCCCCAGUGUGAGAAAUUAAUUACCCACUUUUUUGAGAAAGCCUUUGACGUAAUCACGUUGAGUGAUUUUCCUGGUUCUGUGGUCAGGUCGGACUAUAUUAAUUUAUUUAGCAGUUUGUCGUGGAAAUUUCCUGUAUUUACCAAAUCAUAAGAGCAAACCACACAAGUCAGAGUUAGUUAUCACAAAGUCCAUCUUUAAUUAUAUGAGCUCCAUCACAACCCUGUGACUCUCAGAUCAAUUCAGUGUCUAUAAAUGAAGUCUCUGAGAGUCCCUUACACAUUGCAACUGAGAUCCUUUAUAGCAAAGACACACACAGCCAAGACAGCAUUGGCCAUAAUUUAUCGUUCAGCUUUGUCUCCUAAACUAUGUUAUUAUCUCAAACUCAGAACCUAAACAAAUCCUCCAUAUCAACAGGCAUAUAUCAAAUCCACCCUAUCUUGACAAGAUCACAGAGACACAUUGACUGGCACACAAACAUUGUGGAGCCAAGAGAUACACGCUUGGCCUCUCCCCUCUCUCCGUCCUGACAUUAGAACAGAUAACUGCAACCCCGCCACAGUAUUAUACAAAAAUAAACAUUCUGAUGAGAAGUAACUUACAAACAUAUGAAUAUAAAACAUCUUUCCUAUGUUACCAACUAAUUCUGAUUAUUCCCCAACAAGUUAUUCUCUAUGGGGACUAUUCCGACCCAAGUUAAGCGCACGUAACUCAAACCUAAUUCCCUUAAAUGCACUUUUCUCUCUCUGCAUAUUCUGACCUUUAACUUAAGCAUGUGAACAGCAGGUUAUUCAUCUGCUAUUCAUUCAGAGUGGAGAUCGUAAGACAUUAAGGUGUGGAGGUGUGUCUAAAGAUAUGCUCUAUUUUGACCUCGACUUAAUUCCACCAUCUUUACGCGUGAGGAAACGUGUAUAAGGUCGAGCGAACCUACCGGUUUUAAGUGGAAAAAGCAGAUAAUAGAUUUCUGUAGUUAAUAGAAAUAACAGCGUUCUCCAUCCACUGUAAUGUAUAAAUUGAUAAGAGCUAGGUAAAUGAGUAAUCCUCUUGGAGACAUGGCAAUUGUUUUAGAUUAUUUUUCCCUACGAUCACUGGAGACUGUGAAAUCAGUCAUAUGGAAGCAAACUGAAAAUCAUGUCAACAUGCUUAUUGUGUUGCGGCCCCUUUUCCACAAAAUGCUCUGCUGUUAUUCACAAUUGUAAUUGAAAACCCUAACUUUAUGCCUCAAGUCCACCAGAUGCAUUAAACUCUGCAUUCCGGCAGAAGUCAUUGUCAAAGGAGCAGUCCGCAACGCUAUGUUGGGGGAGCCACACUAGGCUGUGGUGCAUUCUGUGUACUUCAUGCGUUAUACACUGCUCAAAAAAAUAAAGGGAACACUAAAAUAACACAUCCUAGAUCUGAAUGA